AUGAAUUUGUUACCGCAAAAAAGUUGGAAUGUUUGGAAUGCAAAGAAUAGAGCAAGAGUAGAACGAGACAAAGAGGAACUCAGAAUCAAAGAUGAACAAAAGAGGAAACGUGAAAUAGAAAUACAACAGGAACGUAGAAUAGAGAUUUUAAAGAGUAAGAAAGCCGUGCUAUUUGAAAAUGAUCAAACAGACAAUGAUAGUCUUGAUAAUGAUAAUAAUCAAGUUGCCCGAGAUAUUAUUAACGAUGACAUAAACAAUGGAACAACAACAAUAACACAAUCCUCAACAACAAUUGAACAACCAAUUCAAAGAUUUGAAUUGUUUAAGGAUAUCGUUAAUAAUAGUACUAAUAAUAAUAAUAAUAAUAUGAAAAAAGAUGUAAAUAAUAAUAAUUAUAAUAUAAAGAAAAAAGAAGAGAAUGUCAUUUAUAAAUCACCAUUGGGAGAAGGAUCAUUGGAAUUCUCAAAAAAGACUGCUCGAUGGGAGCAACCACUGGAAGACAUUGAUAAUCCUGCCGAACUUAACACAAAUAAACAUAGAAAGAAACUGAAAAGAGAAAGUUGGACACUUUCGAAAGAAGAUCCAUCGACAUUUAUAAAUAAAGUAACAGGUCAUAAACCAAGUGGUACAGAUAAAAAUAGUAAUAAUAAUAAUAAUAAUAAUCAAAGUAAAGAAGUUAAAUCAAAUGAUAAUACAAAGAAAAAGAAUAAAUCAAUUGAAGAAUUAAGAGCUGAACGUUUGGCAAGAGAGGAAAAAGAAAGAAAACGAGCAUCUGAAUUAAUAAAGCAAAAGUCUAAAUCUACCAAGUUAUAA